AUGGGCCUCCUCAAUACCUUUCGUCACCAAUACACCAGCCUCCCCAUAAAUCUCACCCAAGAACAAUGCUCCGGCAAGACCUACAUUGUCACGGGGGCGAACAUAGGCAUCGGCUUGGAAUGCGCCAAGCACCUGGUGCGCCUCCAGUCAAAGCGUGUGAUACUCGCAGUGAGGUCCGAGUCCAGAGGCAAAACCGCUCUCGCUGAGCUUGAAUCUGAGACGGGCCGGCCCGGUGUCGCCGAGGUCUGGAUGCUCGACCUGUCUUCCUUCGAUUCUGUCAAGGCAUUCGUCAAUCGUGUUGAGGUGCAGCUCGACCGGGUAGAUGGCUUGAUUUCAAACGCGGCUGCUGCGAGUGCCGAAUGGACCCUCAACGAAGGUAUCGAGAGCACGGUGGCAGUCAAUGUGGUGGGGACCAUGUUGCUCUCGGUCUUGAUGAUGCCAUACCUCAAGAGCUUUGCUCAAAGGUCGGGCACAAAACCAGUCAUGAAUAUUGUUACAAGCGAUCUCGGCUUCGUUAGGCAAGAAGACUUGCGAAAAAUGGAUCAGAAAAACAUCUUCAGCGAUAUUAGUGACAGCCGAAAAUGGUCGAUUGAUGGGACGAAUCGUUAUGCAUUCUCAAAGCUGUUGCAGAUUUAUGCUAUCCGCCACUUCGCCACGCUUGCGCCUGUUUCAAAGACAGGUGUGAUUAUCAACUAUCUCAGCCCGGGGCUCUGCAAUACAGGCCUUACCCGAUACUAUGAUGACGGUGUAAAGGUAAUGGUUGCUGUCCUCAGAGGGGUGAUGGGCAGAAGCGCAGAAUGGGGGUCCCGCAAUUUGUUGUAUGCCGUCUCGCUUGGGGAGGAGAGUCACGGGAAGUAUAUCUCGUACUGUGAGAUUGUCGAAAAAGAACUACCACCGUAUAUAACUGAUGCUAGUGGUCGUGAAUUAGGCGAGAAGAUCUGGAAUCAGCUUGUGGUGGAGAUGGAACGUGCGCAGCCCGGCUGUGUUAAAAAGGCUCUCGAUGAGAAUUGA